ACUUUUAUCAUUAUUCAACUAUAAACAAGUUCAUAUCACACAGCUGAUCCAGUAGCCUUCUAAGUAUAGUGCCAUUGGCAAUACAAAUAUUCACAAUGGCGAAUACUAAAUCUCACAUUGAUGGUAAAAAUGUAAAUGGUGUUAUAAGAUCUGGGAUAAAUAAACGAUCCAUCUUUCUCGGCGUCAUCCUCCUUAUCAUCACCGCACUCUUCUCCGUCUCCGUUGUGUUGUUAUUGGUGUUCCUGCCUCCUGGGGAGUCUAACACCGUGGUCGAUGAUGUCGAGGCCAUAAAACGACCACCUGGCCCGGGUGAUGCUCGUUCUUUGGAACUACUUGGUUUGGGAGCUAAAGUUGGCCCAACUGGUUUAGCAAAAGUUCUAUACAAUGAAACACUGAAUUACGGGAAUGUGUUUCAAUAUGGUGCUGGUAAUACCCGGAUAGUAGUCAUCGGUGACCUUGAAAUCAUGAAGGACGCAUUCACCUCAACGGAUAGCUUCAAUACACGGCGAAUAGUCGUUAACAUAAUGCUGUCUCCGCUGCAGAAUGAAGGUUCAACGUUUCAAACGAGUGGACAGCCGUGGCUGGAGAUCCGACAAUUCACGGGGCAAACCAUCUUACAAACAACUUACGUCCAGACCUACGUACAACCGCGUAUUGACCAAUCAGUGAACUCCCUUAUGACGUCAUUGAUAGCGCGACAAGGAUCUCCGUUCGAUCCCGAAUGGCUGCUUCGCGUUUUCUUCGUCGACGUCAACCACCGCAUCUACUUCGACCGGGGUCUUGUCUAUGAUGACGACGAUGACGAGGCGUUCGUGAACGACGUGUUUAGUGUUCAGAAGAUAACCUUCGAACCGAAUGCGACGAUGCCAACUUCUCCUGUGCUUCGCGCCCAGCUUCCUCUUUAUCUUAACCACCUCCAUCGAUUCGCGAAUCACACCAAGCUUCUUGCAGCGGAGGCCCUGUCCGCGCCAUCGUCACCGUCUGAAGAACCGGACAGUCUUGUAGUCAUGUACGAACGGUAUAUCAACGGUCUCCGUGCCGAUGGCAUGACAACGCAGAGCGAUCCCGACGAUGGCUGGAGAUUGUCGGUGGACCUCUUCUUCUCUGGCCACAGUAGCAUUCCUCAAAUCGUACGCUGGAUGUGUUUGUAUUUAGCAGCCUACCAGGACUAUCAACACAAGAUCUUUGAAGAGAUCAACUCAUUCGGUCAUUACACGGAUAUCACCUACGAAAACCGGACCCGACUUCCUCUAACCGUCGCAUUCUUGACCGAGGUCGAUCGCAUCCACCACCACUCUCCCCUUGGUGUCCCUCGCUUCGCCACGGCUAACGAAACGGUCGACGACUACCACAUCGAAGCAGGAACAACAAUCAUUUCAAACCUAUGGCAGAUGUCGAACGAUCCGAAGGUUUGGGGUGAUCCUCGUGUGUUUCGACCGGAGCGAUUUUUUCUGAAUGGAACCGGUUCGGACCACUUUCAACUGGAUGCCAACAAGUUUCAACUCCACACGCCUUUUGGUGUCGGCCUGCGCUCCUGUCCGGGGGAGAAGAUCGCUCGCAGGACCCUGUUCAAGACUAUGAUAGCCCUGAUCCAAGAGUUCCAGAUAGUUCUACCAGAAGGAACGGAACCGGACCUCGGCCAGUCCGGGGACUUUGCAGAACCAUAUAAUGUGAAAUUUGUGAAAAGAAUGUAAACAAUAUAAACCUAUAUCUGAUGGUGCCGGUGUUGUUUUUCAUUAUUAUUUUGAGUUGAUGAUAUGGGCUUAAUGAUUUCUGAAUAGAAAAUAUUUAUUUCGUGAUUUUUCUCUAGGUAUAUUAAAAAUUGAUGCUAAAAAUUAUAUUAUUGUUUAAUGAUUCUUUUCUUUAAUAAUAAAAUGUUAUCUUUGACUCAAACAACCUAUUGAUGAACGAUGACGAUGAUAUUCUGUGAAAUACAACAAUCGCUAUUCAAUAAAAAAAUAUAUUAAACACCUGAUCCCUAGUGCCAACUUGUAUAUCCUUGUAGAAACUGCAAUUCUCCGUACAUUUCCGUUUAAAUAACCAUUUGAAUCCGUAUUCACUCUGGUGAUGGGAGAAAAUAACGAUUCGGCACCUCGGAUCACCACGGACUGAGAUCCGUGUUGCACCAUUAAAAGUGUAAAAGGGGCUUUAGUGAAAAAAAUGACCAAGAUGCUUGGAUCUGGCAGAAAAUGUGAAGUUUGGCAUUCAGAGGUAAUUUUGGGAGCUUAUUGAAAAAAAAUACCGCCCGUAAGCGGUUUGAUCAUCGGGUCGGCCGCCAUUUUGAAAUCCAAAAUGGCCGCCAUAAAAAUCAUUAAAUAUUAUUUCAUUAAAUUUUACAUGGCAUUUGACACUGGAAUUUGGCAUUCCGGGGUAUUUUGAGGCAAUGAUUUCAAAUAUUACUGACCCCUAGCAAUGUAAAUACCUGGUCGGCGGCAAAUCCAAGAUGGCUGCCAUGAAUGAUAUUGCAGUCAUUUUCUCGAGGUUUAUCUGAACUGCGGUAUUGAAAUGUGGCAUAUAGGCGUGAAAUUUAGGGCGCUGUUUUUGCCGGUCCCUAGCGAUUUGACCAUUUGGUCGGCGACAUUAUGGCCGACACCUUGAAAUCCAAGAUGGCCGCCGUCAAAUAUUAUUGCAAUCAUUUUCUUGCGGUUUCUAUGAACUGCCGUAUUGAAAUGUGGCAUAUAGGCAUAAUUUGGGGCGCUGUUUAAGAAAUAUUGCCGGUCCCAAGCAAUUUGACCAUCGGGUCCGUCGCCAUUUUUAAAUCCAAGAUGGCUGACAUAAAAAUCAUUAAAUAACAUUUUCUUGAAUUUUACAUGGCAUGUGACACUGAAAUUCGGCAUAAAGGGGUAUUUUGAGGGACUGCAUUCAAAUAUUGUCGCCCCCCCCCCCCCCCCACCAAUGUAACCACCUGGUCGGCGGCAAAAUUUGCCGCCAUCUUGAAAUCCAAGAUGGCCGCUGUGAAAAAUCCUUAAAAAUCACUUUCUUCAGUUUUAUGUGGCAUGAGACACUGAAAUUUUGCGUAAUGGAGGAUUUUGAGGCACUGAUUUCGAAUAUUGCCGGCCCCCAUCAAUUUGACCAUUUGGACGGCGGCAAAACGGCCGCCAUCCUGAAAUUCAAGAUGGUCGCCAUAUAAUACCAUUGCAAACAUUUUCUCGAGUUUUAUAUGAAUUGCAGUAUUGGAAUUCGGGCUAUAGGGGUAGUUUGGGGCAC